AUGGCUGAGCUCAAACUACCACCACCACCCAGACCGGGACUGAUAAAGACGCUUAGUGGGACGGCGAUCAAUUCCCUCACAGCGCCGUUCAACGAAGAUGGGAUCGGGGAUUGGCAAGCGGCAUUCACGCUCCUCGAUACGAUAGAGACGUACUUUGACUCGCACUUUGAUUUACUGGAAAGGAGGUUUAAGAAGACGAGCGAUAGGCUCCGGUCAAAGGCUAGCGAGGCGUUGGCUGCCCGUGGUCCGGGGAGGACACCGUUCGAAAAGGAGCUAAGACAGUUUAGGGUCAAGAUCGCGGGCAGGAUAUCGAGCUUGUAUGAUACGUGGCAUUCGUCCAAGGUUGUUAGGUUGAAGGGGAAGGUAUCAUUCUUCAUCGGCGUGCAGACUGUCUUGAUAUCCGCGCUCAUCUUUGGUAUGGCCCCCGAGUGGAUCCCCUUCGUAUACACAGUCCAGAUGGCAUACUCCUUCCCCUAUCGCGUCUACACAUUCAAGAAGAAAGCCUGGCAUUAUUUCCUCUUCGACCUCUGCUACUACGUCAACCUCCUCAACAUGGUCUUCAUCUGGUUCAUGCCCCAGUCCAAGUUCCUCUUCCAAAGCUGCUAUCUCCUCUCACAUGGCCCAAUCGCAAGCGCUGUCAUCACCUGGCGGAACAGUCUCGUAUUCCACGACGCGGAGAAGAUCAUGUCCCUGUUUAUCCACUUCUAUCCCCCAUUUGUGUUCACCGUGAUCCGACAUUAUUAUCCCCAUGCGGAGGAACGCUUUCCUGCCCUCGUUGGGCUCGACACUCUGAGCCCGUGGAAAGCACUCCUUCUGAGCGGUUUCAUCUACACCGUAUGGCAAGGCCUGUAUUGGAAGUUCAUCGUCAUCGACCGCGGUGCUAAGAUCUCAGCCGGGAAGCGCACGACCUCCUUCUCGUACAUGCUCAACGACAAACGGGGGAUCAUCGGUCGCAUGCUGCGGAACAUCCCUCCGGCAUACAAGGAGCCGUCCUUCAUGGGUGGUCAACUCGUGUAUUCCCUCCUCACAGAGCUUCCCGCCGUGUUCCUCAUGUACAACAGCCGCCGGUGGAGCGCCGUGUUCCUCAUGAUAAUCUUCAGCGUGGCAACCUGGAACGGCGGGGGGUACUACAUCGAAGUCUUUGGGCGAAAGUUCGAGCGAGAGCUGGAAGCGCUCAGGAAAGAACUGGCAGAAGCUUCCGCAGCAGCGUCGAACGUCUCUGGCUCUCCGGGCCCGUCUUCCCCUCCCUCGGAAGCCGAGUCCCAGUUGACAUCCCCCGUGAUCGUCGCUUCGGACAUUGGGUUCUCGCCAGUGAACGUGCCCAGUGACGUAAAGGGAGAAGGGGAAGGGGAAGUGGAGACGCUGGAUCUGAGCGAGCUGCACGAUGAGAGACAGGUCGCCCAGGAACUGAAGAAAGACCAGUGAACUCCCCUGGCUGACGGUGCAAGAUCUCAUACGUUCCAUGCCUUUUGCACGAAUUGAAUGACUCAUGACAUACCAGCGUUAUUCGAAUAUAUCAAUUCUUUUGUAAUGAUCCUAUUUAGCUAGUCAGUCCA